AUGGGUCGCUCAAGUGUACGAAUAUUGGCCCCUCUUCAAACUAGCUACGAAGAUAUGCUCGAGCUGCCGGCGAACAAGUCACCACCCACUCACACCCUCACACCCACUCCCAAACUCGGGCGAUUCAUUCUGCUGGACUCCGCACAGGGACUCUUCUUCUUCCCCCUCCUCACACACCACAUACUCACUAUCCACGUGGACCUCGUGUCGGCGGACAAACUCAUGCCGCAGGGCGUGCUAAACCUCAUACUCAGCAAGACUGAACUCAUUGCCGCGAAGAAGUUCCCCGGGAACAGAUAA